UACUCUUCUUCUCUCUUAUUGGUUUCCCUUUCUACGCCCUUCCACCGACGCUGAUUGUUCAAGAACGAAGAUCAUCACUGCUCAAUCUGGCUAAGAUCUGAUACCACAUCGCCGGAAAUCAUGUCGUCCGGAAGAUACAUGGCUUACUCGCCGUCUCCUUCCGCACCUCACUCUCCUCACUUAGGUGGUCUUCGUUCAGCUGCAUCCGCCUUUGUUGAGCAGGAGAAAUACCUAUCAGAGUUACUUGCAGAGCGACAGAAACUUAGCCCCUUUAUGCCAAUUCUUCCCCUUUGCUGCCGAUUGUUAAAUCAGGAAAUAUUGCGUGUAACCACUCUGUUGGGGAAUGCAUCAAUUUUAGAUCAAAGUGGGUUUGAACAUGCUAGCCCAAUGGAUUCAGGAGGAAUAUUUCCAAAUGCAGGAGCCAAUGUGAACAGAUGGGCAUCACCCUUGCAAUCAGAACCAGCGUCUGCACAAAAUUGGCUUAGUUCCUUGGGAAACUCAUCGGGUCUUAUAGUGAAGAGAACAAUCAGGGUUGAUAUACCUGUUGACCAGUAUCCUAAUUACAACUUUGUAGGUCGGCUCCUUGGUCCAAGAGGGAACUCUAUAAAGAGGGUUGAAGCCAGUACUGAUUGUCGUGUCCUUAUCAGAGGACGUGGUAGUAUCAAGGAUCCUGUUAAGGAAGAAAUGAUGAGAGGAAAAGCAGGAUAUGAGCAUCUGAAUGAACCUCUACACAUACUAGUUGAGGCUGAAUUACCAGUUGAAAUAAUCGAUGCCCGUUUAAUGCAAGCUCGUGAGAUACUUGAAGAUCUUCUUGAACCUGUGCAGAAUGAAUCGCACGAUUUCUACAAGAAGCAUCAACUGCGGGAGCUAGCAAUGCUGAAUGGCACGCUUCGUGACGAGGGGGGAUCUCAAAUAUCAGGGGGAUCUCAAAUGUCUGGGGGAUCUGUAUCCCCAUUCAACAAUAGCCUUGGAAUGAAAAGGGCUAAAACAAGGGGAUGAUGAAUGAAGGAAGAAUUCAUAUAUUUAGUUGAUGUUUGGAGGUUAUCGACAUGAUGGUCUGAUAAAAUGGAUGGUAUCGGCCUGAGCCAGUGCAUAUGGUGAAAAUGCAUGGUGAUUCUUAACUUGUUCAUGUAAGAUAUAUGGAGUGUAGUAAUUUUUUGCUAGCUUCCUGCCUGGGGAGUAAAAUUAAUCAUGGCAGAGUGUGAUCAUGUCAUGAAUUUUAUUUUAUUAUUAUUAUUUUUUUUAAAUCAGAUUUUGGCUUUUGGGUAUUGCAUUCAUAUUUUAUUGUUGUGUAGGUUAUGUAUGUAUUGAAUUGAUUUGCAAGAAAAUGGUCUGUUUUAUGCAAGUUUUGAUGAAAUAUGGCUAUUUU